AUGACAAGAAGAUAUUGGAACAUCAAUUUGGAAGAGAUGAUGGGAGCAGGAGUUCAUUUUGGUCAUGGUACUAGGAAAUGGAAUCCUCGAAUGGCACCUUAUAUCUCUGCAAGGCGUAAAGGUAUUCAUAUUAUAAAUCUUACCAGAACUGCUCGGUUUUUGGCAGAAGCUUGUGAUUUAGUUUUUGAUGCAGCAAGUAGGGGAAAACAAUUCUUAAUUGUUGGUACCAAAAAUAAAGCAGCGGAUUCAGUAGCACGGGCUGCAAUAAAGGCUCGGUGUCAUUAUGUUAAUAAAAAAUGGCUUGGUGGUAUGUUAACGAAUUGGUAUACUACAGAAACGAGACUUCAUAAAUUCAGGGACUUGAGAACGGAACAAAAGACGGGGAGACUCAAUCGUCUUCCGAAAAGGGAUGCGGCUGUGUUGAAGAGACAAUUAUCUCACUUGCAAACAUAUCUCGGCGGGAUUAAAUAUAUGACUGGAUUGCCCGAUAUUGUAAUAAUUGUUGAUCAGCAAGAAGAAUCUACAGCUCUUCGCGAAUGUAUGACUUUGGGCAUUCCAACGAUUUGUUUAAUCGAUACAAAUUGUGACCCAGAUCUAGCAGAUAUUUCGAUUCCGGCAAAUGAUGACGCUAUAGCUUCAAUUCGAUUAAUUCUUAACAAAUUAGUAUUUGCUAUUUGUGAGGGCCGUUCUAGCUAUAUACGAAAUUCUUGA